UGUGCAGUAGCUCUGUAUCAUCCGCCUUCAAAGUAAAACACUCGCUCAGUUGUUUCUCCGGCUUCACUUUUCUCCUCCUCCUCCUCCUCCUCCUCUGUUCCUGCAGUGUGUGAGUGUAAGAGGGAGUUAGAGGGAGAGAGUGUGUGUUUACGUGUGUGAGUGAGUGCGUGUCUGUGCGUGUGUUGUAGCCGAGUUUGUGAGCAUGCAAGACACCGACCGUCCCCGACACAACAAACCAAGAGGAACAUGGACAAUCCGGCAACUUUUAUUUUACAGAUGCACUUUAUAUUUAUUAUUGCUCAGUGUGGGACUGCAGAGGAGCGUUUCUGCGCCGCUGGACUCCGAUGACUUUGCUUUCUUCCAUGAGGGCGCCCAGGGCUGCCUGGGGGUGCGGGAUCACUCCCUUGUCCUGUCAAAGUCCUGUGAGGAAGACAACCAGCGCUGGAAAUGGGUGACCCGGGGACGCCUCUUCAACCUGGGCUCAUCGCUGUGUCUGGGCUUGACCACUGGUAAUUUCACCUCCUCGACAGACAAGUCUCCUCUAGGUGUGUACACCUGUGACCGUGAGCCCCCCAGAAUACGCUGGACCUGGAACUGUGGCCAGAUGCUGGACAACCUCAACAACUACCUGCCCGCGCCGUCAAUUUUGAACUCCUCUUCAUCCCCCCUUCCUUCUCAGCUGAAAUGGAAUCUGCAUGGUCCUUCUAAGCUGAAAUGGACUCUGCAUGGUGGUUUACAGGACCUGUGUACUAAAGUAUAUGGAGAGAUCUAUACAAUCCAGGGGAACUCUCACGGCCGCCCCUGCUACCUGCCCUUCAUGUAUGAUGGAAAGUGGUUCCACAGCUGCACUAGUAUCGGCCGUGAAGACGGUCAUCUCUGGUGUGCCACCACCUUUGACUAUGGCAAGGACGAGCGCUGGGGGUUUUGUCCUGUCAAGAGCAGUAACUGCGAGACAUUCUGGGACACUGACCCACUGGCCGACAGCUGUUACCAGUUUAACUUCCAGGCUACGCUGUCAUGGAGUGAGGCUCGGAUCAGUUGCCAGCAGCAGGGGGCAGAUCUGCUCAGCGUCACCAAGCUGCAUGAGCAGACCUACAUUAACGGUUUAUUGACUGGCUACAGUGCAGCUCUGUGGAUUGGCCUCAAUGACUUGGACGUCAACGGGGGCUGGCAGUGGGCCGACUCCUCACCACUGAAAUAUCUUAACUGGGAGCAAGACCAACCGAACCACGCUGAGGAGGAGAACUGUGCCGUGAUCAGGACAGAGUCAUCCGGUCGUUGGCAAAGUCGCGAUUGUUCCGUUGCUCUGCCUUAUGUUUGUAAGAAGAGGCCCAAUGCAACCCUGGACCCCUUUACUACAGAUUCAUGGACUGAUGAUAAGAAAUAUGAAUGUGAUGUGGGCUGGCAGUCUUUCCAGGCUGGCUGCUACAAACUGACCUCGGAGAAGACUGACUGGCACACAGCUCGGAAAACCUGUCAGAAGGUGGAAGCCAACCUGGUCAGCAUCCACACUCUUCCUGAGCUGGAGUUCAUCAUACGCAACUUGAAGAGAGACAUUGACCAACUAUGGGUUGGGCUUCAUGACACUGAAAUGCAAAUGGACUUCCAAUGGACUGACCACUCACCCGUCACCUUCACCUUCUGGCAUCCAUAUGAACCCAACAACUUCCGCAACACGCAAGAAGAUUGCGUCUCCAUGUGGGGACCUGAAGGCCGCUGGGAUGACAGCCCUUGUAAUUUGACGCUGCCCUCCAUCUGUAAGAAACCAGGAACAAAUGGUGAUGGGAAGCCACAGCACCAGGACUGCAAACAAGGCUGGAAGUGGCACAGUCCAGCUUGUUACUGGGUGGGUGAAGAUCUGCUCACCUUCGAUGAGGCCAGGAAAUCCUGCGAGGACAGUCGUGCCACCCUUGUUACCAUCACCAACAGGUUUGAACAGGCCUUUGCCAACAGCCUGUUGUUCGGUCGCUCUGGGGAUUCCUUCUGGAUUGGCCUCCAUAACCAAAGCAACCGCGGCUCCUUCCACUGGCUCAGCAAGGAUGAAGUGUCCUACACCAACUGGAACCGUGACCAACCAGUCAAUGUGGACGGCGGCGGCUGCGUUUCUAUGGCGACUGGUUUCACGACCGGCCUGUGGGAGGUGAAGAAGUGUGCGUCAUACAAGGCGAAAUUCAUCUGCCGACAGAACCAGGACGCGUCGCUGAGCCCCGAGCCCCCCGUCCCUCAGCCGACCCCGAGCCUCAGCGGCUCCUGUCCCAGGGGCUGGAAGAGCAACGAUAAACUGCGCUACUGUUACAAGGUGUUUCACUCCUCCCAGCUGGAGGAAAAGCAGAGUUGGCUGCAGGCUCACCUGUACUGCAGGAGACACGGAGCCAACCUGUUGAGCAUCACCGGCCCGGACGAAGAGCAAUAUGUGGUGCAGAUCCUUCAUGAGACCUUCGGGGAAUCAGAGGAGCAUGAGCAGCACUGGUUUUGGAUCGGACUGAACCGCAGGAACCCCAUGGACAACGGCAGCUGGAAGUGGAGCGAUGGAUUGGCCGUCACGUACCAGAACUUUGGCCGCUACGCUAACAACAUUCGGCAGUGUGCUGCAGCAGACUUAGGAACCAUGACCUGGCUGGCCAUGCACUGUGAUUCUGACCUCGACUGGAUCUGCAAGAUCCCCAGAGGUAGUGUGGAACAGGAACCAGAAGUAUCCGAAGGCACCAGUUCACCAGAGUGGGUCACCUUUCAGGAGGCCGAGUAUAAAUUCUUUGACCACCGCACCACUUGGGACCAGGCCCAGAGAAUUUGCUCCUGGUUCGAUUCCUCACUGGCCUCCGUCCACUCAGCAGGGGAAGAGGCUUUCCUGGCAAACACUUUACGCAAGAUGGUGAAAGUGGAGGGCGACAACUGGUGGGUGGGGCUUCACACCUAUGAAAAUGACGGCCGUUUCCGCUGGUCCGAUCACUCGGUGCUCAACUACGUGUCCUGGGCUCUGGGGAGGCCGCAUGCUCUCAGCCGUGACCGCAAAUGUGUCUACUUAUCAGCCAGUAAAGGGGACUGGUCCGAUCAAAAGUGCCACUCUGACCUGCCUUACAUCUGUAAAAGAGUGAAUGUCACUGGCACCAUUCCUCCAACCCCAGCAUCCCCUCACCCUCCCGCAGGCUGUCCACAAGGAUGGGCUUCCUUUCAGCAUAAGUGUUUCAGGGUGUUUGAUCAACUGUACAAGGUCACAUGGUCUGCGUCCAAGUUGAAAUGCGAGAUACAGGGAGGUGUACUGGCCAUGGUGUCCAAUCACUUGGAGCAAGCUUUCAUCACCACCCUGCUGAACAAUGCCAGCAUUGACCUUUGGGUGGGUUUGACUUCAGACUCCAAAGGUCAUUUCCAGUGGACUAAGACCAGCCUGCUCAGCUACACCAACUGGGGUCCUGGAGAGCCAAUCGACAACAGUGGUCCACACCAAAACAAGACACGGGGAAACUGUGUGGUGAUGAUUCACGGGAGCCCAAAGAAGAACACUGGCAUGUGGGCCUCCCGAGCCUGUGAGAUGGAGAGUAACGGCUACAUUUGUCAAAGGCGUCAAGACCAAGAUCUACCUCCAGCGCCUGCCCUGAUCCCUGCCUCCCUGGCGACGCCAGUCGAGCUGGGCGGAGUGACGUACCGAGUGGUAGAGAAGCGCCUGGACUGGACCGGUGCUCUGCACGUCUGCAAUUCUUUGAAUGGGACUCUGGCGACAGUGAAGGAUCCCUUCCAGCAGGCUUACCUCACCCUGCUCAUCAACAGCCUGCGCCGGCCAGCCUGGAUCUCGCUUUAUAACUUCGGAGGACGGAGUUUCACCUGGUUGGGUGCAGAGGAUGUGUCCUAUUCAAACUGGAACGACGGGGAGCCCAAUCAGAUGGCUGGAUGCGGUCACAUGACCACGACGGGCCAGUGGUCUAUGAGUCCCUGUGAUGCUAAACUGGAGGCUGCUAUCUGUCAAAUUAGUGAUGAGCCAGUCGGUCACCAGUGGAUCUACCCUGGCAAGUGUCCCCGAACUGUAGGAGAGUCGGCGUGGGUGCCUUUCCGAAACCACUGCUACGCCUUCAACCUGCACACUCUUAAACUACAGCAGGACGCGCGCACGACCUGCAAAAAAGUGGGCGCAGAACUUCUCACUAUCUUGGAUGAAACGGAGAAUGGAUUUGUGUGGCAACACAUCCAGAGCUACGCAGAGCAGGCACACGGAGCCUGGCUGGGCAUCAGCGUAAAAGGCAGAGGUCUGGUGUGGAGCGAGGACACAGAGAUGUCAUUCACCAACUGGGAAAAACACGACCUUGCAUUUUCUGUUCUGUCUCCAAACUCCUGCUUCUGGAUCCAGAGCAACAGCGGCCUGUGGAAACCGGGCUCAUGUCGGAAUCGAACGCACGGAGUCAUCUGCAAACAGCCACGCAUUACUGAAACUUCAGCCGUAAAAAUGGACAGCGACCAUCUGCCCACCCUGAUUGUUAUCAUAGUGACGGGCCUGGUGCUGGUGGUGCUGAUCGUCGGCGUGAUCUUCUUGUACCGACGGCGGACUCUCGGGUCGCGGGGUUCCUACGAAGGCGCUCGCUACAGCCGCACCAGCUCCACCAACGGCGAGCAGAUCGAGAAGAACAUCCUGGUGUCAGACAUGGAGCUGAACGAGCAGGCGGAGUAGCGGCGAGUGACUUUGGAGCGUCCGGCCAUCAGACUAGACUGGAUCUGACCUGACACACAAGAGAGGUUGAUUUCAAUGUGUUGACUCAAAAAACUCAUCGCGGCAUUUAUGUUUUAAACCCUGAAAAAAAACAAAAAGAAGAAGAAAGAUUUUCCCCCCUGCGUUGAGGGGCUGUGUAGAGCGCAGCAGAUAUUUUAGUUUUUAAAUUGAAUCCCAGGCUUUUUUCAGUCACUUUGGGUUUUUUUUUGCCAAGACUUAACAGUUUAAGUAAUUUCUCUCCAGACAAAUCAUUCUAUAUGUACGACUUUUCUCCACACAGCAUGCAUGGAGGCUGUGAAUGGAUCUCCUGGGAGUUUGGUUUUAUUGCAGCUGGAAAAGUUCAACCAAAAAUCAUUUUUAAUGAAAUGACUCCUCGCCGUCUUCCCCCGGUGCCAGCGUAAAUCUUUUGCUUGGUGUAUAUAUCCUUUCUUGUUCCCAUUUUGAUUGAAAGACUCACAAAACACAACUAAAGGACUUGUCUCUGCCCUCUUAAUACACAAUCAGUCUCCGCCAGGACCAAAUUCACCCAUAAGCCUUUGUAAUCUUCUUUGCCAUGACUGUAUUUACCAGAACCAGAACUUGACGUGUGUUUUGUUGUUGCGUUGCGUUCAUGUCCUUGCCAUCGAAUUGUCCUUACCUCUGCAGCUGUGGAGAGCUGUCACGGAUGAUGUGUGUGCGUGGUUUCUUUUUUUUGUGAGCCUGCUUCUCUCCUCCUUUUCUGACGCGACACGUCAGCACCAGCUGUCAGACGAGCAAAGUAGGAAGAGGUCCAAAAUGUGAACGUGUGGAAGACGACCGGGACCAGUGACCUUAAAGCGUCUGAGGGCAGCACACUACAAUUGUGCACAUAAGUAGAAGUUAGUAUUGAAAGCUGGUCUUUAAAUAGGUUGCGUUGUCUCUUUUGGUUUCAGCGGGACGUAGAGCUGUCUCUCAGCAUCUAUGGCUCCGUGUACAUUUUGGCACUUUCCUUUAUUAUCUUGAUCCAGGUCAGUCUCAGUCCUCCGCUCGCCUUUGUUCGUGAUCCUUUAAGACACAGUUGCAGCUUUGUGUUUCCUGACUUGUGUUUGUUUUGGCUCCUCGCGCCACCAUCUGGAGCUGAUUCAGCACUUUUACUGACCGUAAUUUUCCUUGUUUUCACCAUGAAGAAAAGGUCUGCAAUUUGGCACUGAUUUGGCCUGAUUUAUCAUUUCUAUGGACCACUCGUAUAUUUUCACUAGCAUAGGUUUCAUUAUGUGUUUUCAAUCUACUACAACUGGUGAAGACAUUUGGAAACGUCUUCUUCUUCUUUUACCCACAAAGGAAAACAUCCCUCAUGCACAAAGAGUGGGAGUUUAAGACUUAAAAAAAAAGAGUUCACUCUUUCAUAACUUUCUCCAAUUCUCUCUUUGUUUCUACCUUUUUGUAAGAUUUCACAUUUGUGCUUCAGUAAUGACCAGAAUUGCCUCCUCUUUCUCUUUUUCCCUCAGCUCUUGCCUCUGAGUGCAUUUCUGUUUUCCUGCCUAGAGGAAUGCUUUGGAACCUUUUCAGUCUGAGGCUGUGAAAAAAAAUCUCCCUUUUUUUGCUCUUUGAGUUGGACUAAGAUAGAGGGGGAAGGUAUUUAGAGAAAGAGUAAAUAGGAACGUGUGUGUGUCCGUGUGUGUGUGUGUGUGUGUGUGCAGUCUCCAGCUGUGGAAUGUUGAGUCGGCAAGAAGAGCUCAGUGGCAUGUCUGGAACCAAUCAGAGAAGGAGGGCUCAGGGAUAUGAAGGGUCACAAUGAGGAUUGAAAAAACCAGAUGAAGAAGAAGAAAAAAAAAGGAGGAGUUAUGGAUGUAGGAAGAGAGGGGGAAAAAAGCAGGGAAAGGAGUUGAGCAAAGGGUGCAGUGGUUUGUCCCAGGCUUACCCCGGCCUCUGCUGGUUGUUAACUGCACAGGUCUGUGGCCACGUGCAGGAGAUGUGAACUCCAGUGGUGAUGUGGUGACGUAGCAGCAGCAGCAGCAGCCCCGUGGCGAUGCAGGACGGCUCAUGUCCCUGUGAAUAUUAAUUACCUGAAGAAUCUGUUCAGACUUUUUUUGUUUGUUUGUUUGUCUUUCCAAACGUUUGUGUGUCACUUUUAUAUGAACUGAAUAAAGUCCAUGUUCUCAAAGCCACUGA